GAGAGAGAGAGAGUGGGAGGGAGGGAGACUGGAACUCAAUUCCUCACAGACAAAUCUACAGAGGCUCAGAAAGACGGUCUCUCCUGCAGCACACAGACCCACACAGCUGGAUGUGGAUUCUCCAUCUUAUUCCAUAAAUCUGAAGGUAAGCAGCUGACAUGUUUUCUCCUCUGCUCGUCCUCAUGGCUGUAGCUGUAUCUCUCUCUCUUUGAAUGUGUGUGUGUGUGUGUUAAUCAGCUGUUUUGCAGCCGGGAACAGGGAUGUGUUGGUCUGACUCUAGUACGCAUGCUGGUUCACAUUAAGACAGCCUAGCUGCAGCUAUAAACACUCUGAAAAACAUACAGUAUUUCUCAAACAUAUGUAAAAGGACUUGUUUUGGGGUGAAGGAAACGAUGGAGUCAUGUAUUGGUUCAUCAAUGGAAAAACAAGACAUGUGCAUGUUUGCAGCUGUAUUUAUAAGAGUGCCAACCUCAUAAAAAGGGAUCUUAACAUCUGUAUUUGUCAUGAUUAUCAAGCUUGGACUAUGUUGCAAUAUCAAUGUUAGAAACUCCUUUUAAGCAUAACAGGAUAAAUGAAUGCAUGUGUGUGUUUUGGUGUGAGCAAACCAGCAAAUGCUCCUGCAAGCAUGUGUGUUGCAUAUGUGUGUGUGAGACUGCCCAUUUGCAUGUGAGUGCAGCACGCUCUCACAUGCGGAACAGCGGAGACCAAAAGGUGCUCAAAUCCGCCGGAUUAGCACAACGUCUUUGGCUUCAGCUGUCACCAUGGCAAAGGCAGGCGGUGGAACGCUUGUGUGUAUGAGAGUGUCCUUUAUAGUCAGCAGGUUCAAUGCAUUCAUCAGCUGCAGGGCGAACAUAAGCAUUAGCCAGCACAAUUAAUGUCACUGUGAAGCAUCAGGAGUUUAUUUAUGAAGUGGUCAGUGUGAGGUUUUUAAAAAAGUCAGGUUUAGGAGGCAGGGAAGACUGUGUAGAAAAAUUACAUCUGAGUGAAUCAACAAGUUUUCAGGGAACGAUAGAGACCAUGGGAGGUGGCGGUCAGUAAAGGGAGCAAUUCCAGUCUCUUCACUUUCUCAACUGGGAAUUGGAUUUGUACGACGGCUUUUCGAAGAAUCACCAGACAAAAGCCCGUAGACCAGAUUAGCCAGGCAUUAAUCUUGUUUGUAAAUAGCAUGACUCAGGACAGUGUUUGGUAGUAAAUCCUGCAGGACAUACGUAACCUGUCGGACUCUUUCUUCUGAUGCUGUUUAUUUGGAUUCAUGAGCAGAUGUUUGGCUUUUCCAGGAUGUAAGAGUAUAGCUCUCAUGCUGGAGGAACUACUUCUGUCAUUGGAUCAGUCCAUCAGGACUUAAAACUUUGCAACUGGACAUCAAGGAGUAAAUGAAGAGAUUAUGAGAAUUGAUGUGGGAGAACAAUAUAGUGAUGACAGGGGCUGGUAAAACAAAAAGAAGACAAGCCCGACUUCAUGGUAUUCAUUCUGGCAUUGAAGUAGGUUACAUUAAAAAAUCAAUACUACUCUCAUAUCCUCUUAUUAAUGAUAAAAGUCUAUUACAUUAGUGUAAAAGUGUAAAAGUUUCUGGUUUAACAAGAGAAAACUCUUCAGAUUUUUCCAGAACAACAAAUUCAAAACUCCAAAGGAGGUCAUAACUCCUCAUGGGGCUUACAUUAUUGCAAAAUAACUAGCAAAUGUAUACUCAGAUCCACCAAUGUGCACACAUACUCAUAAAUGCGUACUCAGUUCAACAAACGUGUUCUCAUAUCUACAAAUGUGCACUCAGACCUACAGACGUGUACUUGGAGCCAUACAUGUUCACUCUAAUCUACAAAUAUGUACCCAGAUCUACAAACAUGUUAACAGGUCCACAAGUGUAAACCUAGAUUUACAAAAUCAUACUCAGAUUCACUGUGUGUAUCAGACCCCUAGAUGUGUAAAAAGACUUCAAUCUACAAAUGUUUACUUAGAUUUAUACAGCUGUGCUUAGGUCCUUAAAUGUGUAUGUAGAUCAACAAAUGCAAAACUCAUAUACCACACAGACUUGUAGAAAGAGCCACAAAUGCAGAGUCUGAGCCACAUAUGUGUCUACAGAUAUCAGAUGUGAACAAAGAUCGGCAUUAUUUAAACCAUUUGGUAAAUGUAUACAUGAUUAUUUAAGGAUGGAAAGUUCAAGUGUUUUUACUCCAUGAGCUGACAAAAAACAAACAUCAAAAUGUCAUCAGUUACAACGAAGUCUGUCUGUUCAAACGUGAUGCUUGUUACAGAUCUGCACAUGUGUACAGCUAUGUCCAGAUAUAUGAGGGUAAAGUGGAGAGAUUCACCCGUUGUGCUUUGAUUUGCUGCUAACAGCAUUCUGCAAUCUUAUAAUCAUUUGAAACAUAUAGAGUUUGCUACCCAGAAAUGUUGUACUGUUCCUGAAUAUGGCUGAAUAUGGCUGACAACUUAAUUUAGUCCUUAGUUGACAAGCUUUUCUUGGAGGACGCAAUGAUCCAUUCAUACACAUCCAGCCGCACUCUGACUAUUGAUAUUGCAUGUUGUAUAUCAAUUCCAAUUUAUACAGUUGUGUUGUUCAUACCAAUAAAAUGGUCCAGCAGUAAAAUGUGUCCUGGAGCUUGGAAGGAAAAAGAUAAGGUCUUAUAGGGUCAUGGCGCUUGCAUCUGGAACAAAGACAUAAAUCUCUUUCGUUUUUGCUCUAUUAUGCAUCUUCUUAACUCAAAGCAGUUACAAGAUUUCGCCAUUACUAAAAUGACAACAGCAUACAUAGAUUGAUGGAAGGAUAAUCAGACACUUGUUUGCGACUCUAAGCUCCCUAGCACUUUACAAAGCCCCUCAAAUGUGCUGCCUUUUGCAGAAUAAAUCCCUGCUGGCUUAAAGCAGGCAGUCAGAUUGAAUCUGUGCAGUAUUGACAUCCCUACACGGUGACAAAGUCAGGAGAGGACAACAGGAAAAAGCCAUAAGUUGACUCCUUGGACAGAGGAUUUAGCCCCUGUUUUUUUGCAGAGAUGCAUUAAAAACGCAGGGCUACAAAUCACGUGGGAGGUAAAUACCAGCGCAAAAUAUGACCCUGAAAUAAUACCGCUGGUAGAUGUGCACACCCACACAUCGGAGAAAAAAACCUUCACCCACAAUGGUAGCCAUUUGCAGGGAGGUAAAUUACUCCAUUAUGUUGGACUGUGUCAUUGAUCCUCAGGCCUUUCAUUGCUUAUAGUUGCUUUGUGAAAUCGUAAUGAUGUUGGCCACAGUCGAUUCAUCUCCAUUUGUGACUCCCCUCUGCAAUUCAAUCACUCAGGAGUGACACACACCUCUAAUUCUGUCUAUCAUUUGUUUGUUUGUUUUUUUACCUCUGACUUUAUCUUUUCCUGAUUUCCCUCCUUCUCUCUUACUUUCCUCCCUUGUUAUCUGUCUUUCAUUGUUGGCUCUACCACACUGGCCUCUUAAUGAUCACAGAGGGGCUUGUUAUACCCAAAAUACUGCUGUCAGAAAUAUGCAGGAUAAAGGAAUUUCUAUGAAGAAAGCAAGGAUGGCAUGUUGAAGGAUAAUUGAGAUCAAGAUGGCUGAUGGUCCGGAGAGAAGAGCGUGAGGAGGGUCUUCUCCUGGGCGAAAGAGACUAAAUUGAAAGACAGGAGUCUGUUUACAGAGUUAAUGAAAGAGGCUCUGCGACAGACUAAAUUGAGCAUUAGGCAAGCUGCUGCAGAGUUGACUCUCCUCAAGUAAGAAAACCUCCACUGAAUGUCAAUUUGCCGUCUUUGUCUCCAACUCUCUUUCUUUUCUACUGCCCUUGUCUUUUGCUCUCUGCCCUUCCUUUCUGCCUCUCCUCUUUCCCCGGUCUCCGCUCCAUUGAGCACACUACAGUGGCAGGGCCCGUCUUUGUCAGGAGCAGCGAGACAAAACGCCAGCAAAAUAAUGGAGGGGGACUUGUAAAUUCCCCACAGACACUUUUUAUAGUUCCUCUGUUGCCUGUCAAAGCAGACAAUGCUUACACUAACAGGCAUGCAUCUGAUGUGGGCACGAGAAGUGACAGGACAGUUAAAAGCCUAAUAUUCUUCAAAGUAAUACGGUGAUUUAUUUAUUUUAUCAAUAAGGAAAACAAUUAAUAAAGUUCUUGUGAUUUUAAAGUCGUAAAUAUGCGCUAUUUCCAUGUUAUAGCUGUAACAAUAAGUAUGUUGUUAAUGGGUCACACGACUUUUUCCACACAAAACAUGAGAAUUAUUGUUUAGUGUUUCUAAUUAGAGCCUAUAAGUGGAUUAUAAGCAGUAAUAGAUGUUUUAAUAACAUCUAUUAACAUUUAUAAAUGUUUAUAAGCACCUCGUAAGGUCUUGUAAACGGUUUAUGAACUAUUCAUUAAAGUUUAUUACCAGGACCUUAAUAUGAAAUUUUCUUUUCUCUGUUGUUACCAUCAGCUUCAUGGGCCAUUUUGGUGUCUCUCAGCCCAUUGUUUUUGUUUUAUUUGUUUCCAGUAACUUUCAUGUGCUUGUUAACUUAUAUUGUAUGCAUAUUGCAACUGCACUUGGCAUCUUUUAUUAUAGUAAUGCUAAACAUCUGUAUGCUCCCUUGCACUAAGCUGCACACAGAGAAAGUUAGGGAGUAGCUCAAGGAUAGUAAGGGAAUGUGUCCUAAAACAGUUUUUGCUGUUGCAAGGUCUCAAAAGUUGUCUCACAGCACUUCCUGGUCCAUAGAAGUGAUCAUUCAGUCUGUUUUUAGAGGUUCUGCUUCAUAAUUUGACAAAGAAAAUCUAAAACCAAUCAAUAGAAAUGGUGUCACACCAUUAGUAGCAGCUCUAGGCCCGGAAACUGUACCUCAUAGAAGCAGUGUGGUUAGUUUCUACUCAGUUAGGACCUAUGGCGUUUUUGUUGACAGAGAAGAUGUCAAAAGUUUUGUUUUUUCUUGAUUCUAAAUGGUAGAUUAUCAAAUGGUGACACUGGCGAACACGACUGUUUCCAAAAAGUUGAACUGAAUUCAACAGCAAAUGCUAAAAGGGAAGUGACAAAAAGCAGCUGAUGCUGUGGGAAAUGAGGGCUAGAAAAACCAAACAUCAUGUGGUUUGAGGCUUUGAAAGCACAAAAAUCCUAAUUAAACAGCCUGUGAGAGAGCAAUAAGGCAAGAAAGAGGUAUUUUAUUUCCUUUGGGUGUUGACUGUGGGUAAAACAAAGCAAAAGAAGGAGUAAAACUGGGAUUACACUCAUCAAAUCAACAUAAACAUGGCCCAAAAAAGUGCUUCGUAAUACUAGAUACGGAUGUUUAAAUGUUCAACAUUUUGUUCCUGGAGAGAGUUUUCGAACAUCAACAAACACCAGAGCAUGACUGAAAAUGCUAACUUUACAGAACUGGGAAUCAGCUACAGUGCACCUGACAAAUCAGCCAUACCCCAAUAAUACAAAUGCAUGCAAUAUAUGUAUUGACACAAAUGCCUUAUAAAUGUCCCCCUCAUAAAAAAGUUAAUGAGCCUCUUUAAAAACAUUUUUGGCUUUAAAUAUAUAACUAUAUAUAUAUAUAACUUUUGCUUUAAGAUUAACAUGGGACCCAAUGGGAUUUCCUUAGCUUUUGAGCCAGCCUCAAGUGGUCACUUCAGGAACUGCAGAAUUUUGCAUGUCUGCCUUAAUUUUGGUGAUAUGGGAUUUUCCUAAUAUGGGAACAAAUGGCUCUAAUGCCUCUACGAAACCUGACAUUGACAAGUAUUUUUAUGUCACACUCCUCCCCCCACCAAGUAUUCAUACGAUGAUGAUGGUUUUAUUUGUAAAGCAUGCUUGUUGAAGUUGAGUGGAGCUGGUGUUCAACAUGAGUAUCUUAUAAUUGCAUUAGGGGUACCGAGGGAAAAUGAUACUGUCAUGAAAUGUGAGAAUGUUGCCAAUGCCAAAAUGAAUUAUUCAUAUUCCCAACUGUCUGAAUAAUUAAUAUGUUAUGCACAAUAUAAACAUAAAGAUAAUUUGCUUCAAGCUUUUUUUACAAUUAAUUACAAUGUCCAUCAUAAAGUUUCAGUAAGCCCUCCUCCAUUAUUCUUAAAAGUAGCAUUAAGCAGUUUAUUGACCCCUCUGUGAAUCUUAAGAAAGGCUUCCAAAGUGCUUCCAAGAAGUGUGCAUGUGGGUGUAUGUACCUUCAACAACAGUACAUGUGGGCGAAAAAGACACGUUUGCACUAACGUGCAGAAUCAGAUUCGAAAGCAUCCAUGAUAAUAUCUCUGCACGCAUCAAAUGUGACUGUGUGUGUGGGUUGGUUGGUGCAAGCUUGAGCGGACAAGGCGUCUAAAAACAGCCUCACCUCACACUGAAAACUGGUUUUCAUGCUGUUCAGUCAAAAUGCUCAUAGUAGGGAGUGUGUGGGAAGCUCCAUAUUCGACCCUCCCCUGCUAGUGAGUAAGUCUUUAUAUGUCAGCUUCUGUCUCUGUAUAUAGGUUGGUGUCAUCCCUGCAGGCAGAAACAGAGCGGGAGAUUGCAGGUCAAGAGCUGAUCAGGGAGAAGCAGCCUUAGAGUCCAAGGCCUUGUCCACAUGUAUGGGGAUAUUUUUGGAAACAUAGUUUUUUUUUCUGUGUUUUAGCCACACGUACACAGACUUUCAGGUCAGCAGAAUGGGGGUUCUUCAAAAACGCCCUCUAAAGUGAAGACAUCUGUUUUGUUUGUAUUCAAGAAAAUGAGUUUUAGCAAGUGUUUUUGGGAAACAUCACCUAAACUUGCACAUGGCAAUCGUUAUUGUUAUGUAUGACACACAUGCCAAGAUGGCAGUUGAAUAAAUAAAACACACUGAACAGUUUUUAACUCGCCAAUUUAUACACUGUUUAAAGAACAUUAUAGUUUCUGCUCGCUCAAGAAGACACCCAACAUACUGUAUGUACACAACGCCCAUCAAUGGUGGUUUGGCGUGACAUUAUUGCCACAUACUGGCCUGGCAAGCUUAUACUGGCGCUUUCACUAAUUUCUAUGUUGUUGUGGUGAAAGAUAAAUAUUCAUAUAAGAUAUUUUUUGGAAGAUGCCAAGACAUGAUAUUAUAGAAAAUUAUCUGUUUAAGAGUGGACAUGGCCUGACGGUAGCAGCAGAUUGAGCUUUUGUUUUUGUACGUAGGAACUGGCAGGGAUUAGGGGAAGAAAUAAGUCAUAGACAAACAUGUCAGAGAAAAGAAAAGAGGCUGACAAGUAAGGAAAGUGUGAAAUAAUGUUCAUAAAGAGAGUGAGAACUUCACUGUGAUAGCUUCUUCCUGUGAAUAUUGAUGUUUUUUCCACUCCCACACAAGCAGAUUUCUCUGCCUCGGUCUUGAAGAACAAACAAAUCUGAGAUUGAAAGCGUCCAAGGCCAAAGCUUGGGGGGGAAGGAUAAGUGGGUUGGGGGGACUGUAGUGGGGAGUUAAGUACAACUAAAACAUACAGGUUGUUGUUCUCACAGGGGAAAUUCCUUUGGUGCUCCAGUCUUUUCACUGAGGCAACAGGCUAGUGACUUUGAACCAUUCUGCCCUCAACAAAAGAAAAAGAGGUCCCUCUAUUCUUAAUUCUCCACCCACCUCCCCCAACCUGUCUCACACACACACAUUAUAUCUUGACUACUUCUCGCUGAAUAGAGCACAUAUGGAUGGACGUUCAAGAUCUCUAAUUGGUCUGCGCGCUGCUGCGACACAGCAUGCAUGUCAGCAUCAGCAUGACAUAAAUACUGACCACCACAUCUAACAGGACACCACUAAUUGCGGGGUGUCCGUAAUACUUAAGCUCUUGUUGUGAUUUGUGGUGGACGACAUGCUUUUUUAGCCUGCAAACUUCAGCAGUCUUGUAACGGGUGGCAUACUUCAUUUAUUUACAGUCUGGAAAAAACAGCGAAAAAGCAGGUCACACUCUGAGAAACCAAGCUUAGACUUCCAAAAAGGUUCAAUGAAAAGACAUUUGAACAGAUGCUCAUUUCAUCAAGUUUUCGUCAGCUCAAGUUUAGCAGUCUUGGAGUGUAUGGAAAGUGUGUCAAUGAGUGUCCUGUGUGUUCUUGUCUUUUAGGCCAUUCUGCCGGGGAAGACAGCCAAACCCGCCUAAGGGAGCCGGAGAAUGGAGAUAGCCAUGUGACCCAUUCGUUCGCUACUGUCGACAGCAUGCUUCGCCUCCUCCGGACCUUGGCUUUCUGCUUCUGGUGUUCCUUGCUGCUUCACAGACAGGCUGUGGCUGAUGAGGAGGCCCUGUGGGGACCAACGCCGGCGAGGGAAAAGCCACCUGAGGACUCAGGAAGCUGGUACAGCCAGUGGAUUCCAAAGCGCCCUUCCAUACCCUUUUCAUUAAAUUUCUUCCAGUAUGGAGGUUCGAAUAGUAAAGACCAGGUCGCUUUGUUGACCACAAUCGCCACAGGUCUACCAGGACCAACUGAUCGCAUGAAAGAGCAUUUGGGUUCAGGGGAUGGCGACAUUUCUGAAUCCUCUGAACCAACUACAACUCAGGAGCUCCUAAGCAGUGUGACAGAGAUAAGAACACAAACACUUCCUACAGGGACAUCAGAUUCUCCACACAGCACCACAGUGCAGAGCAACAAUGAUACUCUUGUUUCAGAUUCCUACUCUCCCACAAGCAGCUCUAUCAGAAACACUCUGUUCACCAACAGCCCCACCGGCACGAGCGGUCCCGAACAGAACACAACACAUACCCACCCACCUCAAAGCAGCACACAACCCAGCAUGGGUGCCACUACACAACACCCUCCAGAGAAACACGCUGAUAAAGAAGAGGCUGAAGAUUUUGCAGAAAAGACCUCUUCAACGAUAGCACCAGAAACCACAGUUCCCACUGCCUUGACAUGGGCAGAAGCCAAAACUACAACAACAAUCCCAGGACUUGUUGAAACUACACUGCCUAGACACACUCAGUGGCCUGUCACCACAACCCCUACUUCCUCGAAAACCACGUUUCAAGACACCACUGUUACAAUAACCCUUCAUGCUGAAGAGGCCACUCUGACAGAAUUUCACCCGACUCAGAGUGAGACUGAUCUGGGCUUCUCUGAGGCCAGGUCAGGGCCUGUGGAGGAACAGCAGGGGGUGAUCACCACCGCUAUGGGGAUCAAUCGAGAAGCAGCGACGGAAUCCAUCACAAGCACGACUCCGAGUCAAGGGGUUAACUUCUCAAUAGCAGGAGGUAAGCAAACUUCAACAAAUCAAUAGCGGCUGGAUUGGCUCAAUAGACAUGAUCAAUCAUGUUCAGGCAGGUCUUAAGUGUUCAAUGGGUGGCUGUCAGAAGGCAGCAGACAGUUUGGUGUGAUCAAUGAUGUUUGUGACACGGUAAGUAGUAAAAGGUUAGACAUUAGCAUAAAUCCAGAUCUUUAGGAACCCAGUCAAUGCUAGACGAGUACAUGUCUGGAACCCACAACGGAGGACUGGAGCCAACUUUAUUCCAAUAAUAUUACAGUCUACUCUUGAUACUGACUUUACUCUUGUAAUAUUAAGAUUUGAGAUCCAUAAUACUAUGGCUUUAUGGUCUGACAGCUUUAUUCUCAAAUUUAUAACAUAAUCACAAAAUCUCAAAAACAACAACUCUAUACGGUGGCCCUAAUACCUUGUUGUAGGAAUGCACAUCAGCAUGAUUGUAUUCAUGUGUUACUUGUUUGAAUCCCUUUGUCCAGAGAGAGUUCCUUCGGUGUACUGUUUAGUCCCUCUCAGAUAAUGUGGUAUUAAUCAGUGUUGGUUUUGGCUGGGCUACUGAUCCUGUGAACAACUAUGUUUCAGCAGCGUGAGACUUUUCAGAAAUGGGAAUUGUUCCACAGCACAAUAAUCCAAACCAUUGACAAAAGGAUAGAACAUCUUUAUUGUAUUCCCAAUGCUUGCUUCCCGCUUUGAUCUAUUCCAUGUAAUAGUUUCAUGACAGUAAGAGUGGAGAAUGCAGCAUCAAAAGCUUUUGUGCAAUCUGCAAUGUUUGAAAGGCUUCUUUUCAAGUGACGUGUUGUUGUUGACUGUUACAAUCAGCACGCUGAGUUGUUAUUGCAUUUCCCAACCGUCAACAGUGAGUAAUGCGCACCGUCCAAUUUAAAUGAAAAUAUUUCCAUUUCCUCAGUAAAUGCGAGGAAAAUGAAUCCGGAUCCAAUGGUCUGUUUGUUCUCCACAGAGGACACGAAGGUAGAGACGGUGAGCCAAAACAGCUUCUGGUUGCUAGCAGGUAUCCGGAGACUUUGACUCGACAUUGAGCUAAUGCCUCCAUCUUCAAAGCCCAUCCCCCACCUGUAGUGGCUGUCUGGUGUCUGUAUGGUUAAUGAGCCUUCAGAGGACCAUCCUCCAGCAGGUACAGACACAUUCAUCAUGUGGGGUCAAAGGUCUGGCCAGAAAAUGAUGAGUCGAUUAUUCUCAGCCAAGGAGGCUCACUGUCCAUCUGAUAAAACCAUGAUUAUUGGAUGGAUGUAUGCAUACAGAGGUGUCUGCUGAGCAUGUGUAGGACAUAAUGAUAUUCUACUUGGAAAUAUUGACCCGCAUCCAUCUCUCAAUGUUGCUAUCCUACCAAGUAUAUUUUCUUGGCUUUAAGCUUGUUUGUUUUAUUGUGAAAAAUAACAUAAACCAUUGAGUAAAACAAAAAUGAAUAGUAAUCUCAACAAAAUAAAGGGCACUUAGCACUUAAUUUAGAUAAAUCACAAAAUUUCAAUAAUUUAUCAUGAUUAAUUGCAUUUUUAAAAUUCAAUUACCUUGCAUUUUAAAACUGCUUUUAAAGGUACAGUUUGUAGAAAAGAAAAUAUUUGGUGAUAAAUAGAUGAAAUACAUCCUUGUCAACCCCUCCUAUCUGUGAAGUGAUGGUGGCCUCUGAGGACACAAAGCUCUUGUGAGAAAUGAAAGGUAUGAUCCUCCAAUUGUUGAAUAUUUAACCAUCUAUCCAUAGUAUUAUUUUGCAAAAAAAUUCCACUCUUGUUUUUGUCUUCAAACAGCUGCAUUUGAUAUUCAAAAGACCAUUAUUAGUUUUUUUUUUUUGUGCCACAUCAGGAACAUCACAAUAAAGAUGGCUGCCUCCAAAAAAGGGGACCUGCUCCCAAUGUAGAAGUCAAAGGCCUUUUCUCUGUUAAUAAAUAAGAGAAAUCUUACAUAUUUAGGUGAUUAUAUUCUAAUUCAAACAAACUUCAAAAUAUUUUGUCCCAUUUCAACGAAACCCGUUGCCUCCAAACAUCACACACUGCUCCUUUAAACCUAUGUCAACAAUGGGAAGCCAUUCUUACCAGUGUUUUCAUUUUGGAAUAAAACAAAUGCGUAUUUUUGUCAAUUUAGGUCUUUAAAAUAGUGCUUCUGUGGCGCAGUUGCCUACCUACACUCACUGCAACUGUCUGCUUAGCUCAAAGGUGGUAGCUCAUACUCAAGUACUUGAUAGUUUAAUUGAUGGUGUUAAUUUUAGUUAAAGUAGCAGCAAGACGACACUGCAGAGGCUUACCUAGGGUGUGCUAAAAGGGACAUUCACAUUUUCAAAAUUACAAUGUCUUUCACUUUGAUUCGUACAAUUUUAAGCUUAAGUUUAAGUCAUGUCACAGAAUUGUAGGUGUUCAGGGCUUUCUCUUUCAGUGGGAUAAUCUUAAUUUUAAAACAAUUUAUUCUGCAUAAUCUGAAAAAGUCAAGGAUGGAUUCCUUCUUGUGUUGUGUGAAUUCAACAACUUCAGAUCUCAGGUCUCUCACACUGCUCGCAAUGAAAGCUGCAAUGUUGUGUUUAGUCUACAGUGCCAGUGUUUUGUCUGCUCUUGUUUUUUGGCGUACGAAAGCGAUAGCAGGGAGGGGGCUUGGCCUGGGUGUGGGAAGGGCCACUGUUGCUGUGUAUCAGUAUUCCAAACGCACACUCAGCGAAUCCACCACCUCUCCUGUGGGACCGUGCGCUCGCCGGUCGCUGUUCACGGAUGCUGAACAUGCUUCUUGCCAUUUAGACUCCCCCCCUACCUCCCACCCUGCCCCCACCUUUUGCAAUCUUUUUUUGCCCCUGUACAAACACAAAUCCCUGUCACUUCUGUCUGUGGACAGACAUGUCAGCUUUGGCUGCUUUGUAGACUGAAAAUAUCUCACUGGGGUUACGAAAAGCUCCUUGCCAUUCAUGGAAAUAUGACAACCAAUAAAGGAUGAAUUUUGUGCACCCUAGUAGUAUAUUUGGUGCAGUGUUGUUCUGUUAAAUGAUUACACCUUGCCAAAGGACACACAGAAGGAGACUAAUAAGAAAAUGAAAGCACUGCACCCCUGCAUUAUCAUACAUUAUCCCAGUGUGAAUAAUCCAUCUAGGUGCAGGAAUUUAUUUCAAAGCAGCACGGGGUGAAUCAUACUGGAGGUGUAAAACAUCUUAACCGCACAUAUUGUUUGAUUUUCAUUGAUCGAGGGAGCGUUUGCUCUGUGGCAUUGCCCUUGAGGAGGCUGUCAGGUAUGAAAAAAACAAAAAUGCCCCGCACGUGUCAAGUCCUCUACUGAGGGACGCUCAAAUAAUGUCUGAUAGCGGGGGCAAUUAUGAGAGGAGAGCAGAAAAUGAAAAAAGACAGAACUGAUGAGAUACGUAGUAUGCUAAUGUAGAUUUUUUAAAGCAGAAGCUAUUACUAAUGUACAUUUUUCUCUUCUCCCUCCUCCCAUUUUCAUAUCUGUCAGCUGUAUUAACAGCAGCUGCAGCAGACUAGCCCCUCAACACCCUCCAUUAAGGAUAUACUGUCUCUGUGAUCUGAGCACUAAACCAAAAAAAGCUAAUGCACAUCCAUUGGCAAAUUAAUUGAUUAUAGAAAUGGAUGUACAAGUAGAGCAUGUGACAUGAAUAUCUGCUGCUCUGCUAUGGAUUUUAAGGGGCUUUAAGGCAAAUGGAGAACACCAUGGUGACUUUAAUGUUAUGCUGAUCUUCUCAUAAUGACUUCUUUGACAGAGCUCAUGUGUGUUAAGAAAAUAGAGGGAUUAAGGACAUGUUUGUUUUUAGGAUUUGACCCGGGGCUUUUGGCAGAAUUACCUCAGCUGAAGCUAAAUAUGCAUUUUUAAAACAAUCAUGUUCUGAUUUAAGUGGUUUUAAAAACAAGAUUCAUUAAAAACGCCACACCAUCUUAAACAUGGGCAAAAUUAGCAAAAUGAUGCAUCAUAUUCCUCUCUCUUCAGGGUGGGAAGCCCAGAUUCAAACGAAUUAAAUCAUAAAACAACAAGAAUCUGAAAAACUGAUUUAAUUUGAUCACUUUCAAAUUUAUGAGACACAAACAAGAUUAGAGUGACCAUAUUCUGACUUCGCAAAAAGAGGACACGACUACGCGGGGGUGGAGUCACGGAGUUGCACAAAGUUAAUUUUGAGAGUUUUUCGGGAUGGAACGAGUGUCUUUUACAUGUUUCUAACUCAGUAAGCCCACGUGACACAAAAUCAAAACUCUUGUACAAAACCACGGACAUUUGAAGGAUUUUAUAAACUUCCCUUGACAAAUCCGGACAAAGCCGGACAACUCCCAAAAAAGAGGACAUGUCCGGGUAAAAAAGGAUGUAUGGUCACACUAACCAAGAUGAUAUGUAGUCACAAUCUGAAGAGACAGAGGGUAACAUUCAAGUUAAAAAACAUUUGUGAUGAUAACUGUUAUUUCUUUUACUUUCAUAUCCAUUCAUAAAAGUCAACAAAGACAAUGGAUAGUAAAGAUCUGAAAAGACAUCAAGCCAUAUUUGAGUUUUGAGUCAAAAACAUUCCUGAUGACCACCAUCAAUAGACAGCUGAUGCUAGUAUUCAAGAACUUUUUAGCUAACGUCCUCACAUGAGAUUUAAAUAUGUGACAGAGCAAACACGUAUUACUUUUAGAUGUUAAAACUGAUCCUUAACUCAUUCAAAUUCAUCACAGGAUCAAAUAUAUGAAUGUAUUUUGAGCUUAAAUCCGGAUGUUAGCUGUGUGGCUCUCCCUUUACGUUUAACUGUUGUUUUAAAGGAGGUGUUAUCAUCACUGUAGGCACACUUCAGAUAAGAAUGAUGGGUUAUUUUAACGCUGCACAAGCAAAUGUAUUCUUUUUAUUAGCUGACAAGUCGUAACACUAACAAUUUAGUUGGUGUGUCUAUGAUUUACAGCCAGGAUACCAACAGUCAGCUUCCCACUCUGUACAUGACCUUACAGGGAUACAGCAGCUGAAGGAUCAUGGUCUUUAUUUGCAGGAAGGCAUUAAAAGAAACAUUAAGCUUUGGUAUCUUAUCAAGGAUAUCCCGUUUUUGUUCUUUUUAUGAGCAUUGGACUAUUCUGCUCUGCUGUUCAACCCCCUUCCUCGCCGUCUUAUCGCUCUGAGCUCACUGUGCUCGAAACAAACCAGCACAUGUACUCUCCGGCAAACUCUCUCGGGGCUUACGCAGAUAAAACAGAGUGUAAUGGAGUGCAACAUCAUCGUUUGUUUAUUAUUUCUGGAGGCAGGAGAUAAUGAGGAGCUCCUAAAAAUAACUACCGCGCUGAAAUGGACAUCAUUGCCUCAGAGAGUUCCCCUGAUGAGGGUGCUACUUUAGAUUCAGUUUAGGCUUUAUAGGCUGAGAUCCAUAUCCUGUCAAUGCAUCAAGUAUUCUUCCUUUAACUGAGAAUUAACAUGAGAACAUCAUACUUUAAAGUGAAGCAAUAAUUAGUAAAAUUACACCUCAGCAUAUGUGUUGUGAUGAGCUAUUCAAUAAGUGCAUCCCUUUCUGCUUUGAAUGUACAAGGUCAGCAGAGUGGCUGGUCAUCAGUAUUAUGGCUGUGAUGUGUUGAAAUGAUGAGUUCCUCAAUUAUAACGAAGAGCCCGGGUGCACAUGCUCGCUGUCCUUAUAUCUCAUUUGUAGCAGAUCUUGUUAGCUGCUGUAAUUGAGUUUAGUUUAGAGUGGCUGUGCAGCAGAUCUAACCUGCUGAGCGUCUCUUUCCAUUGCAUCUGGCGUGCUCGAAAAAAAAACAGCUGAUUACUGUAAAAGCAAAGACAGAAAGAAACUGGUUUGAAUUUAGUUUUACUACUCAUUAUGCAGGGUUCAAGCUGAGACAAGUUUUGUUUGUAUUUUUAUUUCAUUGGUUAUUUUUCUGGAUGUUGGUUGUUUACUGAUACUGACGUUUUUGCAACUGGGGUUUUGACCAAUCAGGAUCACGUAUUUUUUUUCAAUAAUCAGAUUUUAUUUUCAGAGUUUACUUAGAACAUCAUUAAGCAGUGGUUUUAAUCUAGGUAACAAUAAUUAAUAAAGAGAAUUCAAAUGAGGUAGAGAAUGACAAGAAAAGGAUAAAACAUGAGGGGGAAAAAAGGAAAACAAAACAAAAACAAGGGUUAACAAAGAAAACCCUUAACAACAACACAACAAUGUGUCAUCAAUUAAAGAAAUAUGUGUCCUUGUACUUGUCAAAAAGUAUUGUUUAUCAUCAGUCAGCUCAGUCUGGGACCUCCUAAACUAGUAUUUCCCCUUUGGAUAGUUUCACUUAUACCUUUAGGCAAGUCAUCCAUAAGGGGCCGCCAUAUGUACAUAAAGAUAUUAUCAUUCCCUUUUAAUUUGGCACUUAGCCUUUCCAUCAGAAUAAAACUCUAAACAUUUCUUUGUACCACUGAGUUACAGUAGGAGGUUUUUCGCUAGUCCAAAUAAAAAGUAUAGAUUUUCUGGCCAAAAAUAAGAGUUUAUGAAGUGAUUUUGAUCUUUUCAAUCCAUAUGUGGCAGCAACAAUAGAAACUGGCCUGAAUCUUUACAGAUCUUGUUUUUGAUUAUUGCUGUCACUUCCUUAGAUACACAUGACCAGAACUUUGAUAUUCUUGGACAGCUCCAGACACAGUGUAUAUAUGUUCCAUUUGUUAACUUACAUUUAAGGCACAAUGGUGAUCUAUUAGGCUCAAUUUUGUUCAUAACAUGAGGUGUCCUGUGCUGUCUAUGAAGUAUUCUAUACAGGAUCAAGUAUUUAACACAGGUGGGUUAAGCCUGGUUUAUAAUUCUGGGUCAAAUCCAAGCCAUAACCUAUGUCAUCCACAUAGAGCCACAUAGCCGUGUGCCUACUCAGUGGCCUACACAGCCUAACAUCCAUUUUCUCCAAAAAAUUUAUUGCAUGCCUGCAGCACAGAUCACAAGUCCUGUGAUUGGUCCGUUAAGUAGCAUUGUGACUUCCUGUAUUUAAAGCAUACAGUGAAUAAGCACCAAUACAUCCCAUCUCCCUGACUUCUGCUCUCAGUCAAUCCAGUAUGACCAACUGCAGUUCCACAUUUCUCAGCUCUAACUUUGACUCAAUAUGCUCGGGUUCGGUCGCCAUGGUUUCAACAAGCAGAGAAUGUAGUGGAUUUAAAGGCUAAAUCCACGACCUGAAUGAAUUCUCCAGUUGUUUUUACAGAUAUGAAUAAUUAGUGUAUUUGUUUUGUCACUUUUCUCUCUUCCUAUUUAACUGAAACCAAUCUCCAGCUGUGUGAAAGCCAACAGUGCAAUAAAGUUAUGCUCCGAUUUUACUUUGGAGACUUUUAAAAUUUACAAUUAACUCAGGCGCUAUGAGCAUGACCUAGAUUACACCAGCUAGAAUUACCUUGUAGCUGUUUUGAUUUUUUUCCAGCUCAUUAUUCCUCCCUCAAGUCUAAUGCCUCGGUUUCUUUUAUUAAUAUUAAUUCUGAAUCUUUAAAACCAACUGAGUACCUGGUAUCCCUGGCUUCAUCACAGAGUCAGCUAAUCAGUUUUUCUUCACUCUGAAUGUUGUCCCAAAUCUCAUCUGCAGCAUCAUUCAUUUAUAACCGCUGCAGAAAUCCUGCGAGGAGAGAGAGGAGACUGUGAAAACAUAUUUUGCCUGCGUACCAAAGGGAAAAGAGAAAGAUGUGGCUCUGUAAUUAAGUCAUUUCAUGUUGUAUCUGUCUGUUUUCUCUUUGUAUGAAAUGCUCAUCUGUGUUUUCUGUCGCUUUGUCGCACCAAGACAGAUGAUUGAGCUAGGGUUUGACUUUGUGAUGGACCCGGAUGCACUCUCACAGAUCAGGAUGUCAAUGUAAUUAGACUACAGAGGGCCAGACGACUCUGCUAUGGAUGACUGGCCUCAACUAAGUGGAAGAUAGGCUGAUCCAUUUGACAGAACUGGGUUAAGAAAUAUAGUCCCUGGUUCUUCUGCCGUGUGAACUCUCAGAUUUGCUUCGACCACAGAACAGAGAGGUUAAAACUUUCUUUUGGCAAGCUCCGGAUUUACUAAUCUGUUUUUCUACGGCGUCUUAGCGCUGCAGUGUUGUCUUCUUUACAUUGUGUUCCCUUGAGAUCACUCAGAGGUUACACCGCCUGUGUCUCCUCAGAUCUGCCAGGCAAAGAGGAUAAAGAGGAUGACGAGGCCGAGGAAGGUGGGGUUCCUUCAGGAGACGGGGACAGUGACACCAAGUUGGCAGACGCUUCCUUACCGUCUGUUAAGCUGCUAACACCCUCCACGCCGCUGAGCACAGGUGAGCAAACAUAUCUGGUAAAAUUGAAGCAAACACAGGCGUGAAUCACAUCUGUCUCCAACAUGUAUUUGUACUCAGUAUUACUGGAGAGGAUAGCCGAAAAAGCUGCCUGUUGUUUGUUUCAUAAACAGUCCUGUAGCUGUUUCAAUAUCAGUAAAUCUGUCAGAGGACUGGGGGAAAACAAUUACCCUGCAUGCUUUGCCUGGAGCCUCUAAUUGCUUCCAACGGGAGGAGAAAACUGCUCUUUCAGACUGCUGGAGAACUCCUGAGAACAGAUGAGACAGGGAACAAUGCCCGGCACAUAAACACAUCCACUCUGUACUGUCUGUCAGAUAAAGACCCAUUGAUCCUAUGACAACAGCCGCUUUUCAAACCCAAACCCAUCCACACACACACACACACACACACACACACACACACGCACACACACAAGAAUGGAUUAAGUCCUGGCCAACGACUCUGGAGUACUUCAAAAUGAAGAGUUCUGCAUGAGUCAGUUUCAAUAAAUCUGUGAAUAAAUAACAGUGACAAACAGCAACAAAACACAACAGAAACCGACUCUCGAUAUCAAUCAUGACUCAUAUAAAACAGGACAGUGAUUCCUUUUAAGUGCUGGGAACUGUCGCUUAAAAAGAAAUUUAAAAUAGGGGCAUGCAAUGACAUUUUUGGGGCGGGGGUCCCAAGCAAGAAACAAUAAGACACCCUAACCAUAAAAUGUCUUUCAUCAUCUUGAUUUAUCUUGACUUACUAUUGUAUAUGUUUCAUAUGUUUCAAAACCUUAACCCAUAAGAAAUUGAACAUUUUAAACAUGUUUAUUUUACUAAGUUGUUAGGGUGUGUUAUUCCAGCAAAAAAUAUCCAAAGGCAGUUUAAUGGUAAAGAUCCAAAAGCCUCAAUUUUGUCUUUUUGUUUUUGUUUUUGUUUUUUUGUUGGUACAAAUAUGAUACAGAUUUGAAGCGUAGAGCAGGGAAAUAGACUCAGCACGUAUCUUUAUCAGAGCCACCCUUGACACACUUCUGAGACGAAGCUGCAACGCGUCCUUUGUGUGAAGCUGCACUCCUGUAUGUUUUAGCCUUAAGGGAGAUUAUUUUGAACACAUAAACUUUAUUGAGGCAUACACAGUACUGGAUUAAAAAAGACCCGUCCUACAAGGAUUAUGUAAAGCUUCUGCAACCAGAUCACUUUGAAAAAUAAAGCUGUAUUCCAGUUAAAACGCACCUUAGCUUGUUUGUAGACAAGCAAAAGAUGUGUUGAGUGCCUUGGUGGUCUAGUUUUGAGACACUUCGGGUUUUUUACGAGCUAGUGCAACUGAAUAAUAAUUUUAUUCACUCAAUUAUAACAAAACAUAUUCACAAAAGUCAGAAGGUGGUUCAAGUAGAGGGACAGUAAGGGGCCUGAUUGUGAUUCAAAUGUAGCCUGAGAUUGCCAAAGCAGUUCCUCCUUGGUGUACGGGCCUUUAGCCACUCACUUUAUUCCUUUAUGUUUAUGCUGCGUUCAAGUUACCUCGGAAGUCAGAUGUUGGAGCUGGGAAUGACAUCACACUGAGUUACCAGCACUUCAGUUACCAAGUCCGAAAAAAGCUAAAUCAGAUGCAGAAACAAGAUGGCUACUUCUAUAGAAGUAAUUUAUAGUCCUUGCUUAUACUCGGACAAGGCAAGCGCUAAAAUAACUUUCAUAGAUGUAGCCAUCUUGUUUCCGCUAUCUGAGUUCGCUAUUUUCCAACUUGGUAACUGAGACACCGUAACUCGGGUGUGACGUCAUUUCCAGCUCCGACAUCUGACUUCCAAGGUAACUCGAAUGAAGCAUAAGAGUUAACAGCAGCCGAAUCAAAAGCGUCUCCAGCAGUGAUUAUACUGAUAGGUCUAGCAACACCAGGCUAGUUCAAAUGUGCAUCUGCUACAAAGUGUAUUUGAUUGGAUUUUCUUCGUGAGUUUAAAUAUGGUGAGUGUUCAAGCCAGACAAAGUAACUACAUAAGGAACAUAAAUAAACAGGUCACCCACUGUGGUUUUACUGACAUAUUUGUUAUAGCAUCUGGACAAAAAUUGGAUAUCUAAAUCUUUUCUUUCGCUAUGAACAGACAUUUUUUUGGUGCUUCCAUUUAAUCCUUAAAAAGUAUGAAAAAUAACAAGUCUGUUGACCCAGAAUUACAAACUGACUGACUACAUUUACAAAUGACAAAUGCGUUCGUUAGUCCUUCAUAAUGAUCUUGACUUGUGAAAAAAUGUUCAUUAAGAGACAUACUCCCAGCCCAGUUCACAGGCGCAGAUGUAACCCACAUUACCUCGCUCAGAAUAGCAGCUGUUGCCAACUGAUGUACAAAAAUAGUCUCGUCAAAUGUGCCAACGCUGAUGACAAGACACUUAGAGGGCCCUGUAGCUCGAUGUGUCACAAGUGAGUGAAAAACAACAACAACGUUACAGGUCUGUCAGUCUGUGGUUUUGAUGAGUCCUCCCAAGUGCAAAAAAUAUAUAUUUGCAUUUAAAUUUGCAGUAAUCAUACAAACUGAAAAUAUUUGUUUGAAUUGACCCUCAGCAGGUGAUUGUGCAUCGAGUUCAGCCAUACAUUUCCCUUACACACUAUCUGCUCCUUUUUAGUAUGCAUGAUUGAACUUCUCCAUGAGCUUCAACUUAAUUGCUUUUUCUGAGGUGAGCCAAAUUGAAAUUGAAGGCAAUCAGAGGAAAACUACACAGAGCUCUCAGUCACAUAAUGAGGAGUAAACAUGAAGCUAAAUAAACAUGAGCGCAGACUUUUUCUUUUCCCUCAGCUUGUCUACAGGUGAAAGAGCUUUAGGUGAGGCCAUUAAAGAUUUUUAUAAGCAGAACCAAAAGACAUUACUAAGAUGUAAAUGAAGCUCCUGCACUCUAAUAGGGUGCAAUGAAGCUGCUCCUCACAAGAAAUGAACUGUGUGGCAUGUUUUGUUAAUGGGCUUGCUGAUUUUUCAUUCACACGGCUGAUUCUAAGGUCCACCCGUUCCUCUACUCUAAAUGCAAUUGAUCUAACACGUUUUAUUCCCUGUGUCUGAGCAGAUAAAAAGAUGGAAACACAUUUUUCAUGUCUUCAAUCGAGUGUUUGAGGUUUUGAGCUUUCACAGACCCACAAGCACUUUAGUUUCUGUUUGUGACUGUGUCUACUGUCCCUGGCAUGAGAGGCUUGUUCUCACAGGAAUGUGUCAGAUGACCGGGCAGUGUUCAGUGGAACGUAUCGCUCUGAUCCAUCCUUGUACUGUAGCCACCACAUACCAAACCCCGUCCAGGCCGCUUGGCCGGUGCGACAGCUGAGAUGUGACAUUUAUUGACAUGAGAGGGGAAAAAAAAAACUCUGCACUAGUUCAAUACCCGUCACGUUUUCCACUCCGCCUGACUCAGGGGCAUCAACUUCGCCCUGGAAAGUAAACAAAUGGACGCACCAGUCACGGGCGCAUAACACCGUAAUGAACCAGCACCUACUUUAUCAGCAGCCCCCACGUUCAAAAGGCCUGCAGCUGUGUGUUUGUUUAACACUGCAUUCACAUUUCCGACACGGCUAGUGUGUGUUUUGUUAGGAUGACAUUGUCAGUUCAGGCAUAUAUAGAGCAACUACAAGGACAUAUUUGACGCCCUUGUUGAAAGUUUCAACAAGGUUAAAAAUAGCUCCUGUUUAUUUCCUUUACGUGACCACUUAGUCUAAAUGAGAUUGUUUUUUAUGAGCUGUGCCCUGAUUAAAAGUAGAGAUUCAUGUUAUAGUCAGAAUUUGUAUAUUGCAUUAAUAGCUCUCAGGAGACUAUUCCAACAGAUUUAGGUGAUUAUCUGACUUCUUUUAUGCUAGCAUCACCAUGUUGCUGACAUUCAUGGUCUCUAAUAAUGUCUCAACUGUAGUUAAAUUCUUUUAGGGGGGACUUUUUUGCCUUUUUUACAAAGAACAGCUACAAACUGAUUGAAAAAUUAGAAGACAAAGUAAACAGGGUUAGUCAAACUGGUGCCAUUGCUUGUGAUAGCGUUUCAAAGACAUUAACUUCUCUCUCAAUAACUUGUUUCUUUCAUCAGGAGCAAUAAUCAGCCAGUUUUUCUUUUUUGGGGAUUCAUGUUCCUGACCAAAUCUAAUACCAACUUCAGUAAUGACCGCAGAUAGCAACUCAGAGAGCCAUGCGCUCAACCAACAAGCCAUUCUGUAGCCAAAAAUAAUGCUCAGAACAGCACCUAACUUCAUCAACAGUACAUGUAGGGUGCCAGCCACAGCACUAGCCACCAAACAUCUUUUUAACUUUGCCCAAUUUCUUUAGCAAAGAGACUAAAUACAACUCACCUGCUCACUUCCAGCAGCCGCUCGUUUGUAAGGAGACCUCCGUACAAAUCAUUUUGCACUGCAGACACAGUAGUUCUUCUGCCUUAGCGUCUCGGUCUGAUUGCAUUUCCAUGAGGAAAUUAUCAUAAAUGUUCUUCCUUGAGCUGCGAAACUCCACUGCAGUAGAUGAACUCGCCCGGAGGUCUCUGUACAAACAAGCGGCUGCUAGAAGAGAGAGGGUGAGAUGUGUUUAGUCUCAAUCAGGCAAAGCUAAAAGAUGUUUGGUGGCUAAUACUAUGGCUGUGACCCUAUAUAUACUGUUGAUGAAGUUAGGUGCUGUUCUGAGCAUUAUUUGUGGCUAUAGAGUGGUGUUCUGGUUGAGCGCGUGGCUCUCUGUAUUGCUAUCUGCGGUUGUUACUAAAGUUGGUAUAACUAGCAAAGCAAGUGGUCAGCAACAUUAAUCUCUUGACGGGAUGUCUAACUCUGUUACGUGUGUUUGACCCUAAAUCAAUUUUAUGCCAGAAUAUCCCUUUAAUGCAGGUAGAGGAUAAAAUAAGCAAGACUGCUUUUUUCACAGUUUGUUCCAAAAUUGAAACAGACUGAAAAUUGGUAGAGUCUUCAACUGAUUCUCCUGUCAAACAAGCAGUGUAGUGUUUGUAUUUUUCAUACAAAAAAAAAAAUCAAAGGUUGUCUGUAAGUGUUUUAACUGUUUGAGACGUUUUAGGGGAAACUUUAAAAUGCACUCAGUCCCCUCAGACACAUUACAUGGCAGUGUAAAAAACAGGAUGUUUGGUCCAGCUUCCAAACUGACCUCAUGGUUUCGCUGCUUUUACUUUCCUGGCAGAACAUCGAGCACCGUGUCAAACUGAAAAUCUCACAUCUGCCUCAUUCUCUUCGCUGUUUUUAACAGUGCAGCACUGGAGCAUUAUUAUGAGAAUUAUUCAUAAGGGAGACAUCCUAACACCAUUUUACUUUUAUGUGAUAAAUAUUCAUUAGGCUUUAAUUAAAAAAUAGCCCAUCAGUGCAAUAACUCAUCAUUCUUUGUUUUUUCCUGCUGUUGAGGAUGUGAUUAAGAUACAAAAGACACGUCAGGAUCUGUUAAGUAAAACUGCUGCGUGAAGCUACAGUAAAUGGAGCACCAGCACCUGCCAGCAGAGUCAUAUUUCAGUGAGCUUGACAUUUUCAUCUCAGCCCGUGACAGUGAUUGAGCUCUGGGGUCAGGAGAUGAAAAAGGUAAAAUGAUAAGAGCUUUGUCAACAGCAGGCAGGACAGCAGGGUAUUGCUGAAGCGUAUAAGAAAGCACAGGGGAAAAUCCUCCAUCACUCUCGAGGAUCUGAGGCAGGAAAAGAGCACAGCUUUGCUCACAAAGGGUACAGUGUUGUGUCAAGUAUGAAAACAAAUGUAAGUGCAAAUGUGAGUGCACUAAUAAACACGUCAACAUGAGCACGCAUUAACACAAACUGUACAAGAAGAUGCGAAUGAGAGAGCUGCAGGCUGUACUGUUCAAGCAGACACUCACAUACAUAGGACAUAAUGGAAGCAGCAGCUGCCACGCAUUUGAUCUAUGCGAUUCUAGGAGAAAGGCAAAGAGCAGCAGAAGCAGAAAACAUAAAGCCUGGGAAGAGACUUGUAAAAAAAAAAAAAAAAAAAAAAAAUCAGGCCAGUCAGAGAGAACUGUCCCAGUUUAAAAAUAACAAACCCACCUAUGGGAGUUUCCCCUUUUGAAGGAGGGUGUCGAAGGGAAAUCAUAAACAAAAGGGAGAAUUAGGGGAGCGGGACAGGGUGGGAUGGGAAAAUCAAAAACAUAACCCGUAAACGUACAUUAAAAGACAGAUGAGAAAAACAUAAAACAGAAAUGUUCAACCACACAGAUUCCACUUAAAGUUUUACGUAGGGAACACGUCGGACAUCUUUAAUGUAUAUACAGACAUUUUGUGGGUUUUGUGGUACUGAUGUCUGCAUAUUUAAGUUUUCAAGGUCUACCACUCUGGGGACUUUUUAAGUUUUCAAAGUGACACAUAAUAAGGACACCAUAUGUUGUGCAUUCCCCAGGCAUGUUUAAACCCCUUCUUAAAAUACAUUAGGCAAAAUCUAUGGCUGCUCUACUCACACAUACUAAUAUUCACACAUAAGUUGCGAUGAGUCCUCUCUCCAUCAGCUGCCACCAUUGUUAGUAAUUUUCUUUCUUUGUUGUUUAAAUACUGUUUAUAAUGUAUUUGUAUAAGCUUUACACUGGAUACAUUUUGUGUGUAAAAUAGCAUCCUCUGCUGGGCAGAGUCAAGGAGUGUGUCUCAUGUUGUGCUGAUGUUAUUAUAUCCGCCUAACUAGGACACAUUAAAGCUCCUGUGAGAAUUUUUUUGGUUUUUGUCAAUUUAGUAACCCCCGUCGAUAAAACAGUCUUUGAUUCUGCAGGAUUCAUUUUGUUGAAAUAUUUGCUUGUUGGUCAUUCAAACCUCCCUCAAAUUGAGCAGGUCUCCCCUUAACUCAUCCUGCAACCAUCCACCAACACCUUUAGUUUUUCCAUUAUUGUGCUGACAAAUAACCAAAAAGGACAGCAAACAUGACCUCCAUGGCAGAGGUAAUAAAUUUGUAAGCUCACACGCCACUAAAGCUGCCUGCUGUGUGAUUUAGUGAGAUGUCAGUUUAUCCUGUUCAUUUGUUCCUGUCUCUGAGGUCCAUUAUAGCACCUGGCUCUUUAUGGAGAAGUGAUUGUCUCUGAUAAGCCUGCAGCUAAAUGACUGAUGAGCUUGUGUGUGUUUGCUAAUGACUGGGAUGCAAUUAGAGGCUGCAUGCAAGGUUUUUUUUUAAAAAAGUAUUACACACUAACAGUCUUUUCUUAUUUAAAGGAUUGCAUGCCAUUAGGAUAUAUGAGAAAACAAGGUCCAUAUUAAGAAGCAUGAUAAUUCAGUGAUCAGAGGAUGAAAAACGGUUAUCUUUGCCCAUCUGUGAGGCAAUAUAUCAUGGGAAGUGGCUUGUUUUUACUCCCCAUUUAAAUUGCCCUUUUGUAAUCAAAGUAUAUAAAUAUAUACGGCACAAAUGAGCUUCGCAGACAGCUCUGUAAUGGUCAUGCAAACCCAUGCUUACUCCUUAAUUUCCACAGCCAACCCAUUUCCUUUGCAGUGUUAAAACAAGUCCAACGCAAUCAUAAUCGACUGUUCUCGCAUGGAAACUCCAGAUGGCUUACGUAAUGCAAGAGAAACUUACUCUGUGGUUCUGAGUGGGCUGAUUUGUAACACACACACACACACACACACACACACACACACACACACACACACACACACACACACACACACACACACACACACACACACUUGCCUCUUCUUUUAGGCCCUGCUCAGUUUGAAGUUGGCGUCUUACAAGCUUUUAAACAGGAUUAGCACAUUAGGAGGAAAGCACGCUUUUGCCAUGCUGGGCCUGAGCCAAAAUGUUUUCUGGCUGAGUUUGAACUCUGAUUAAAUGCUUCUGUGAUUUCUCAUGAAUGCAUGAUUAGUUUGCUUUUAAGUGACAUAAAAGUAGACAUUUACAGCCAUUUCUAAGUUGUGGGAUUUUCUUGUUCUUUGAUAUGUUCAUAAAUCAUUCAAAAUUAAUCUUGUUUUUUCUGGCGUUUCCAACCAAAUCUGAUCAAAAUGAAUUUCUGCUCUCGUUUCAGGCAAACCCAGAGAAACUGCCAAUAUACCUGCAUACACUGAAGACUGGAUGACAAGCCUGACGGACAGCGAUAUCACCUUUCUUCCAGACUGCAACAAAGAGCACUCUGGGAUUUGCAACCUGUCUGACACCUGGGACUCCACGCCCCCCUUAGAUAUCAAGCCAACACAAAACACCACUGCCACAAACCAAUCAGUCAACCCUUUCCUGAUCCCAGCGCCACCCAUGUUGGUGCCGCUUUACACUGACUGGAACAGUGCCAUGGCUGCUUGGGGCCUUGCAUGGGAGGCACAUGUUUACGGCACUGGAUGUGCCUUUGCCAUGGUGACACUAGCUUCAGCACUCAAUCUCUUGUGCUUGCCACUGCGGUGUCCAUCUGGAUGUGGCUACUUUGCCCUAGUGAGCCUUUUUUUACUGGCUGCUGGUUGUACCAGAUCUUUCUCGCUCCUGUAUGAUGCCUACGGCCACCAGGACCGCUUACCUUCCACAGAAGCCUCACUGAUGCUCUACGAAGCACCAUUUCCCUGCUUGACUGCGGCGUUCGGCCUGGUUUUCCUACUCCUCUCCAUGCGCUCCAGAAUGCAGCUUUCUUACUCAGCCUUCCAGAGACCGUGUUUCCUGGCCUGCCUUGUUGUCCUGCACUUUGCUGCUGCAUUCGGACCAGUGACAUUGCUGAAGCUCUACCAGGAGAAGCCUCCCCUUUGCCUCUUUCUUUCACUCCUCUCCCGCGGAGCCUUUGUUGCACUGGCCACAUUUUUGUCCACUGCCUAUUUUGUGUUUUACAUCUACGUGAGGGCAGACUCGAAGCACAUCUACCACCUGAAUAACACGUCUCCGACCCCUGCUGAGCGCUACAACCGCUGCCCCUUUGCUGAGAGUCGAGACUGGGACCGUGCUGCUGUAACAGUGUGUAUUUCAGCAUUGUUUUCUCUGGCCUGUGCUGGACUGCAGUUGUAUGCGAUUCUUAAUGCUCUGGGAAUCGCAGGUGGUGAGGAGGUCUUCCAUCCUUGGCCUUGGUGGGCUUUUCAGUUCAGCUGCAGACUGUGUGAACUGGCAGUCUGUCUCACCUUGGCCUUGGUGGUGGCACAACCAGUCUAUUGUUCUGACCACCUCCCGGCCGCAGGGAGCUGUUGGACAGAACUGUUGGCAACAAAAUCGCCGAUCCUGCCUGGGACCUACCAGUGGAACCUGAGCCAGCAUGAGAAGCUCGCCAUCGUUGACACCGUUGGGCUCGGGGAGACCGAAAGCCUACCUCUUUACACUCUGGUGGAUGAGAGACUUGGUUGCAGCCUGAAUGGCCUCGAUCUUCUUUACCACAGCAACAGGGCCUUGGCAUACCGAGACUUAGACUUAGAUAUGGACCUACAGGGUUCAGUAAAACCUGAGGACAGUGGCGGCAGGGAUCCAUCAGGUGCAUCCUCAUUUACCAGUGACUCCACCACAGACCUGCGACCGCCUUCACCGAUCAACCUGCGUCGCAGCAUAGAUGAGGCCCUCUUCAGUGAUUCCCUUUUCCCCAUGAGCCUCUUUAGCCCCACCAGGCCUCUUCGGUGCAGUGAUCUAUCUAUGAACAACCACAGUGCACUUCCAAGCAACGGCCUCUGCGAUCCCCUUUCGUCUGACUCUGGCCUGUAUCGGACCUCAUCCUGCGUAGAGAUGACCUCCAUACCCAAACCCCCUUGUGCCGGAUCUCAAGGAGACACUGUCGUAGGUGCACCACCGUCUCCUUCCCUGUCGUCAUCCUCGAGCUGUUCCUCUCCUGAACGUUGGAGGGGCAGCUCUUCCUCCUGCUCCCUCUACCGAGCCUCUCUGGGGGGCUCCUCACUGGUCCUCUGCCCAAGCCCAGAGAGACAUGCACUUCAACUCCAGCAGCAAGGGGGCACAGGCCAAGUGCCACCCGGUCACACUGACCCACAGAGGAACUAUCAAACACUGGGCGCAGCCUCUCAGGAGAGCCUUGACCUGGAUAUGUCGUCAGAGGCAGACCGAUCCGUACAGGAGGAGUUCAUCAGUGUUUGCAGACAAAUCGAUGCUUUGAGUAUCUGCAGCGAGACUAUUGAUUUAUAAAAGGACAGUGUGGUCAAAGACGAGUUACGAGGACAGAUUAAAGGAGUGUGCAAGUUGACUGUCAGGUGUUUGGGUAUUUUUGAAUACACGGUGGAAGACGUAUAGCUGCCAAAUUAGGGUUUUUGGAGGUUUGAUGAGCUUUCUGAAGUGGUCAUUAGUGAAUGUCUAUGAGGAUCAAAGUGCCAAGAAUGUCAAAAGCCAAAAGGUAAUUUGUAACUUUUACAUGUUUGAUAAUGGCUGGUGAAGUUUAAUACUGUCAAAAGAAUUGUAACACUUUCCUGAGUGGAGAAAAGAAGAAUUUAUUUGUACAAAUGUUUUUAUUGCAUUCAAACAUUCCAAUAGAUAGUACUGUGACUGAAUCAAGCACUUAUUAAAUACUACUGAAAUCAUACCCUUUCGAUCUCUGCCAAAAGCAUUCUCAUUACAUCUCGUGUUUGAUGAUGGGAGUAUAACUGAGUUUGUAAAGCUAUUAACUCUCCAUGUCAACAUGCCACUCGUGUUAUCUGCAGUUAUGGAGCAGCAGUGCCCUCUACUGGUGAAAAGCACACUAUGUUGCCGUAUCCUCCUUCAUAAACCAUAAAUGGUUCUGCUUCUACUCACACUGACUGGCUUAAUAAUUUAUUUAUGUUCAUCCAUACUUUUGCUCAGAAUAUUGUUUAAUAAAGCUUGCUUUAUUAUA